CCUCUUGUUGGAUGCUAAAUCUAUUAACAGUGGCCAUACAUAACCCAGUGCUGGUUACUAGAUAAGGAGAGUGUCUAAAGAAACAGUAUAUGCACCAAAGCCAUGGCAGCCCUCUCCAUGCCAUCACCAUCAGUAUUAUCGUUCCUCUUCCUGCUGCUUCUGCUUCUGCUUCCAUGUAAUCAAGGCUUCAACAUCAAAGAAGCAACAGUCCAUGACAUCCAGGUGGCAUUCCAGCAGAAGAAGCUCAGCUCCAGGCAACUCGUCCUCUUCUACCUCGAUCAGAUUCAGAUCCUUAACCCCAUUCUCCGUGCUGUCAUUGAGAUAAACCCAGAUGCGCUCCACCAGGCUGACGUGGCAGAUCUGGAAAGGAGGGAGGGGAAGUGCUCCAAGGGCCUGCUGCACGGCAUCCCCAUCCUACUCAAGGACAACAUUGCCACAGCCGAUCGACUCAACACCACCGCAGGUUCACUGGCCUUGCUCGGUUCGGUCGUUCCUCGAGACGCGGGUGUGGUGAAGAGGCUGAGGAAGGCUGGUGCUGUCAUCCUGGGGAAGGCCAGCCUCAGCGAGUGGUCUGGUUUUCGUUCUGAAUUUGCACCCCGUGGAUGGAAUGCCAGAAGUGGUCAAGGAAAUAAUCCAUACGUGUUGUCGGCCAGUCCUUGUGGAUCAAGCAGUGGAUCAGCCAUUGCAGUGGCUGCAAAUCUGGUGACAGUGUCAUUAGGCUCGGAGACAGCUGGUUCGAUCAUCUGCCCUUCCAGCUACAAUUCAGUGGUAGGCAUAAAACCCACUGUCGGCCUCACCAGUCGAAGUGGAGUCAUCCCAAUUUCUCCAAGGCAGGAUACAAUAGGUCCCAUCUGUAGGACAGUAUCGGACGCAGUUUACGUUUUGGACGCUAUUGUUGGGUUCGACCCAAGAGAUGCUGCAACUGAGAAAGCAUCCAAGCUUAUUCCGCACGGUGGCUACACUCAGUUUCUUAAGGCAGAUGGGCUCAAAGGAAAGAGACUAGGAAUUGUGAGGAAACCAUUCUUUGAAUUGCUUUCAGAACCUGCGAUCAAGCAAACUUUCGAGGAACAUCUUAGUACACUAAGGCGAAGAGGUGCAAUCUUGGUGGACAAUUUGGAGAUAGCAAACGUGAGUGAAAUAGUUAGUACGAAUUGGACACGAAUUGCAUUAUUGAUGGAGUUCAAGGAAUCAAUAAAUACAUACCUUUCGGAGCUUGUCCAUUCUCCUGUUAGAUCUCUGGUGGAUCUGAUUGCCUUCAACAAUAAAUACUCGGCACAGGAAAAUGUUAAGGAAUAUGGUCAGACCUUCUUUCUACAAGCUCAGAGGACAAAUGGACUAAACAAAAACAUCAUAAAGGCCAUAAAGAGACUGUCGAAAGAUGGAUUUGAGAGGAUGAUGAAGGACAAUAACUUGGAUGCAAUGGUGACACCUGACUGGGUUGCUUCAAGGGUCCUUGCAAUAGGUGAGUGUCCAGGAAUAAGCAUUCCAGCAGGAUAUAAAAUGGAUGGGAUGCCUGUUGGGAUUUGCUUCGGAGGAUUAAGGGGGUCUGAACCCAAGCUUAUCGAAAUCGCAUAUGCUUUUGAACAAGCGACCAAGAUUCGUAAGCCACCUUCAUUCAAGCCAUGACAUGGUUGCGAGAACCAAUCUAGUAUAACCUGUGUGGAUAUGGGGUGGAUCUCAUUCAUGUGAAAUAGUUUCCUAUGUUACUAGUAGGCAAGUGCCUAUAUGGCUAGUCAUACUAAUGUUUUCCUUAUAAGUUUGUGUGCUCUAAAACUUGUCCUUCAUUCAAGCUAUAGUAACAUGGUGGAAAUUAAAGAAGCAAAAUAAAUUUCAAUAAAUCUUUACUAUAUAUAAGGUGACGAGCAGACAAAUGAUUUUUCCCAUACUCUCAGUUAUCGGAAGGUUGUAAACUUUGAGAGUUGAAAGGACAUUGGAUUGUGGACAA